AUGAACAUGAUUUCCCACCAGUACACGCCGGCCUUCAGCCAUCUGCCCACGCCGAACAUGGUCGACCAGCACCAACACCAUCUGGCCGCGCAGCACAUGGGGCCAUCGCCGCUCGACACGCUGGCACACACCUCCCAGUACGCGCUGCAAUUCCACCAGAACCGCCAUGUUCUGCCCAACGGCAAGGGCAUCGUCAAGCAGCAUCGCUUGCCGUACGCGAACGGGCCCCUAGCUGCAGCCCCCCGCAACCAGCGAGACGCAAUGCUUCACGAACGAGCCGGACGCGGCGCUGCGACAGCAGGCCCGGUACGACGCAGGAUCAGCCGGGCGUGUGAUCAGUGCAACCAGUUGAGGACGAAGUGUGACGGCAAGGCGCCGUGCGCACACUGUAUAGAGUUCGGCUUGACGUGCGAGUACAUGCGGGAGCGCAAGAAGCGUGGUAAAGCAUCAAGAAAAGACAUUGCCCAGCAGCAGGCAGCUGCAGCAGCGGCCGCGGCACACGCCAAUGGCACCGCUCCUCCCUCCGGCGACUCUACCACUGGUAGCCCGCAGUCACGCAGCAAUGAGGAGAAGGGCUCCGAGCCGCAGAGCGCCGUCGAGCAGCCGCUGGAGGGUCAGCGGCCGCUGCCUGAACUGCCCCCACCGAGUCUCCCCCAGGCGCGAUCGGCCAGCAUGGCAACGACUCGCGAUAUGGACGGAGCGCCCAUCUACCAGAACGUGCCAAUCUCCAGGACGAUGAGCAUGAGCGCGAUUGACGCCAUUCCUGAGAACCAGAUGCCCAGCGACGGCAUGCACCACCCGAUGCAGCCGCCACGCAUCCAAACUCAAGGGCUCCACACCAUGCACAAUCCGAUUCCGGAAUAUGCGUCCAUGGAAGACUUCAACAGAAACAUGAUGCAUCAAUCUCCCCACCACCCAAUGAUGCAGAGCGGCAUGCACCCGAUUGUCCCAUCGAACAUGGAAUACACCAAUAGCCCCUACGACAUGAUGAGCCCCCAGAGUGCGCAAGCACCCCCGAAUACCUUCCGGAUGCCGCAAGCAGAGUCGCCAAUGCCUGGGUAUAUCGGUACCUCGCCGGUGUCCGGCUCUCCAGGCUGGCUCUCGCUGCCCUCGCCGUCCACGACCAUGUAUCACGGUGCUCCACACGCCAACAGCCAACAACUACGUUAUCCGGUCUUACAGCCUCUGGUACCGCACCUCACAAAUAUUAUGCCGCUAUCGCUAGCAUGCGAUUUGCUAGAGCUAUACUUCCAGAGCUCCUCGUCCGCCUUCAUGCAACCAGUCUCCCCCUACAUCCUUGGCUACGUAUUCCGAAAAGAAUCGUUCCUACGGCAGAACAACCCGCGUGUCUGUAGUCCAGCAUUGCUUGCCAGCAUGCUGUGGAUUGGCUGCUUGACUAGCGAGUCUCCAUACCUGGCGUCGUCGCCGUCCGCCCGCAGCCAACUGUCCGAGAAGCUGAUCAACCUGACCAUCAGCCUGCUGAAGCCGCUGGUACACCAGUCGCCCAGUGAGGAUGCUAGUCCUACUUUCAACGGCCAAGGUGCGACGAUGAACCAAUUCGGUAUUCCGAUGGCACCUGAGCCAGAAUUAGCCGGCCUUCAAGAGCAUCAGUUCGACCAUGCACAGCCCCGUGGAGUCCUCCGGAGUGGCCAGUACGCAGUCACCUCAGCGGGCGCACCAGGUGGCAUCGACGAUAUAGUAACCUACGCCCACCUUGCUACAGUCAUUAGUGCGAGCGAGUACAAAGCUGCAUCUCUCCGCUGGUGGAACGCGGCAUGGAGUUUAGCGAGAGAACUGAAGCUCGGCAAGGAAGUGCCCAUCACACCACCCCCUGAGGACGACGCGGAUGCUCCUGGCGAAGUCGACAUUGAGCACAUGAACGGAACGCAACCGAAUGGCCAGAACGGACCGAUCAAUCUCACUGAGGAACAACGAGAAGAGCGACGACGCGUUUGGUGGCUCCUCUACACGGUAGACAGGCACUUAGCCUUGUGCUACAAUAGGCCGCUGUCACUCUUGGAUAUUGAGUGCAGCGACCUCCUCACUCCGGUGAACGAUAGCGUAUGGCAAGCUGGCGAAUUCUAUGGGGACUCCGCUCAAUCUUUCUCAGAUCCUUCCGUUCGACGAGGCCCCAUAUAUGAGUGCACCGGACACUCCAUAUUCGGAUUUUUCCUACCUCUCAUGACCAUCCUGGGAGAGAUCGUAGAGGUCCACCAUGCGCGUAACCACCCUAGAUUCGGUACGAAGACCAAUUGGGACGAUCACGUUGCCGAGAUCACUCGUCAGCUCGAGGCGUACGGCCGGUCGCUGCAAGACUUCAAAGCAAGAGCUAUCAGUGAGGCAAACGCAGAGGCGCACGAGCCAGUCCACCCGGGCACGCCGUCAGCGCGCUCAGUCAACUCGACGACCACCAGGGCUCAAGAGUCACUCAUGCGAGCCAAGAUUGUGGUGGCGUAUGGCACUCACAUCAUGCAUACGCUGCACAUCUUGCUGAACGGCAAGUGGGAUCCAAUCUCCCUCCUCGACGAUAACGACCUCUGGAUAUCGUCUCAGAGCUUCAUCGACGCCACCGGUCACGCCGUCUCAGCCGCCGAAGCGCUCAACGAGAUCCUGGAGUUAGAUCCCGACUUAUCAUACAUGCCAUUUUUCUUCGGGAUCUACCUACUGCAGGGUAGCUUCCUGCUUCUCCUAAUCGCGGAUAAGCUCCAGGGCGAGGCAAACCCCAACGUGGUCAAGGCAUGCGAGACGAUCGUACGAGCGCAUGAAGCCUGCAUCGUCACGCUGAACACAGAAUACCAGCGAAAUUUCCGGAAGGUCAUGCGAUCGGCUUUACAGCAGGUGCGCGGGCGAGGCAUGGACGAGCAUGCGGAGUUCGCCCAGCAGCGUCGCCGCGAGAUGCUGAGCCUCUACCGCUGGAGCGGCGACGGUACUGGCCUCGCACUCUGA